AUAAAUGUUAGCGUAGCUUCAGAAGCGGAUAGAGAUGUUUUCCGCUCUUCAGUCCCAACUCUUUCAAUUCGAUCUCAUUCUCAAUAUAUGAUUUUACGAACGAUCUCUUCUAACUGAGGUGUAUCGUAAAUCGACUAAACUUUUCUUCUCCAAAAAAACGAAGGAGAGAAAGAAAUCUUUUUACUUUCAUUAGUUUUUUUUUCUGUUAAAAAAAGUGGGAAAAAGUUUUGUAAAAGAUCUUUAAAUGGGACAUUUAAAGAUGCCGACUUUGAGAAUAAACUAUUUCUUUAAGUAUGGAUUUGUUGAUGCUUAAUAACAGUGAAUAAUUUUCUUAAUUUAAUCAACUAAAAUAACUGGAGAUAAAAACAUUGAAGAACUUUCUCUUUUCCUUAUGUGGGGCAGUUCAGUGGCAUCAGUAAUUUUUCUUCAUGGAUAUCUGUGUGCAGUGGUCUAUCAACUGUCCAUUACAAAAGCGUCUGCUCAAGAUCAUUUGCAACCUUCAUUUGCUGAACCCAUUCCCAACAUAACUGUGGCAGCUGGCAGGGAAGUAGUGUUGCCUUGUGUUGUCAACAGCCUGGAUAAUUUCAAGGUUGCGUGGAUUCACACGGACAAGCACACCCUGCUAACGCUGCACGACAAAGUGAUAACUCGUAACACACGCUACAGUAUUACACAUAACAGCCACCGGACAUGGUGGUUAAACAUAAAAGACGUCGAAGAAUCAGACAAAGGAGAAUAUAUGUGCCAAAUAAACACAUCCCCAAUGAUGAGUCAAAUCGGUUUUCUCGAAGUCGUCGUGCCUCCAAAAAUUGAUGAAGAGAACACAAGUUCUGAUACAGAUGUUCGAGAAGGAGGAGAUAUUAGUUUGAGAUGUUCGGCUUCAGGAUCACCCCCUCCGAAAAUAAAAUGGAGAAGGGAAGACCAAAAAGAUAUCCCUGCUGGUCUCAAACUCGGAUCAGGAAUGCAAGGAGAAUAUUUGAACAUCAGUAAAGUAAGCCGUCUGCAUAUGGGAGCCUAUCUUUGCAUAGCGAGUAAUGGUGUUCAGCCAUCUGUCAGUAAACGUAUUAUGCUCAAUGUCAACUUUGCACCGAUGAUAUGGAUUCCAAACCAAUUGGUUGGAGCACCCCUCGAUACAGACGUCCUCUUGGACUGCGGAUUGGAAAGUCACCCCAAAUCUGUCACGUACUGGACAAGAGAAGGGGGAAUCAUGAUUCUCUCUAAUUCCAAGUAUAACAGCAUGCUCAUAGACUCGGGAUCCUAUAAGAGUAAAAUGCAUCUUCUUAUUCGAAACUUGAAACCAGAGGAUUAUGGCCCCUAUACGUGUGUCGCGAAGAACUCCUUGGGUGAAACUGAAGGAACUAUUAAGCUAUAUGAAAUUCCACGUCCAACCACAACAUCAUCACCUGCUCCUCAAUAUACAAGCAAAACUGAGGGAAGUCAACAAACGACGAGUGAGAAAUUGCCACUUAAUAGUUGGAAACAUUCUUUAUUAAAAGAAGAUAAUGAUUCUGCGAAAAAGUCAGAAUUGUCCACUGAGCUUCUUGAUAAAGCAAGUACACUUGGAGGAAUUGCAGCAGCUGCAGCUUCCGAUCACGAAUUCAGAGAACAAAGUGGGGAAAGAAAAGAAAGCAGACGGAGGCUAUCAAAAAGUCAUCCCUCAUCAGCCAGUCAUCAGACAACAUUCAAUUUUAUUACAGUUACUGUAUGCCUGCUCUGGCUCUUAAUUCGUUGAUGCGUGCUGGAUAAGAGACGAAUUCAUACAAUCCUCUGAAAGAAAGGAGCUACCGAGCAUUAUAACUAUUUAUAAUUUCAAACGUUGGUGCUGAUUUGCAGCAGGAUUUAAAUAAUGAAUUUUAAUUUAUGUUUGUGAAUGAACCGAAAAUUGAUUUUUCACACUUCAAGCUCAUUGUUCAAACAAUUUUAGAGACAUCUUCGAAUGAAUGCUGAAAUUAUCGUACAUAGCAAUUUAUUUAUGUUAUCGAUAAAAUAAGUGUAUAUACUUUCUCCUUUCAGUUGCAUUUUAUUCUAUGUUUAAACUUUCGAUUUGCGCCAGCAUAUACAUAUAUCUCUACGUAUAUUAAAAGAUCAUCUUUUGAAUAAAGGUGAUAUGUAUUUUUCUUGAUAUGGAUAUUAUAUUAAGGAAUGCGCAGAAAUAAAUAAUUGUUUUAUUUUAUUUGAAUUCGUAAAAUACCAUUUAUACAUUAGAUUUGUCUUCCAGCUAAAAUUUUAAAAUAUAACCUAAAAAGAAGAUAAUACAAUUUUUUUAUGAAAAUUAUUAAAUAUUUUUCAAAGUAUCAAAUCUGGGUAAGUCAGCGUAAUCUGGAAGUAAAUAAAGAAGAAAGAAAACAUUGUUUAACUUAAAUCAAGGUUGUCCCCCUGUUGAUUUUAAAAACAAAUAACGAAACACGAAAAGAGAUUGAAACUUACGGUUUGCUUAAGAAAUCAGAAUAAUUACUGCUGCAAAUUUUCGAAAUUAGUUACAAAUUUCAUUAACAGGUGGCACUACUGGGUGGAAGAAACUGUAAAAAAUUAAUCCUGCUUGUUAGGCUAUUCAAAUCGAACAUGUUGCACGUUUGCGGUAAAUUUGUUCUCAGACUCUACCACUUUUAUUGCUGCCAUUUCUGGUAACUUGUUAAAGAUUUUUUUAAAAUUAAGUAUGCUAUAUGUUACUAAUCUUUGUGACUGUUUUUUGAACUUGGUAGGAAGAAAUAUUCCAGUGGCAUAAACAGAACGUAGCAAACCAUACAUCCUUCUCAUAUUUCCAUUUUUCUUUUAUUGUUUUCCCAUAACUUCGAUAACGAGGAACCUGAAUGCGUUGGAUAGCCAUGAAAUACUAAUUAUAAUGCUGAUUAUUUUAGUUAGAACAUCUCUUAAAACUCUCAAAAGUCAUUUCAGCAUUAAAUUCAGACGAAUUUUUUCAAAUUAUGCGUAGAAAUUAACUUAAAACGAAACUUACUUCAGUCGUCACAAAAAGAGGUCAAAAUUGUUUAUGACGUCAGAAUUCACAUGUAAAGUGAACGGAAGGAGCCGAUCAAAGCUUGCCAUAUAGGAAAGUAUUGUAGCGUACAAAGAUUUUUUUUUAUAUCUUAUUUAUUUGGCCAAAAUUGUGUUGACUUUUUGAUAUGAUGCAAGCAGAGGAGUAAGAUAAAUAAUUUUUCAUUUGUAAUGAUGUUUCUGAUCUGAAUAUUGAAUUUAUUCAGAAUCAUAAACUGAACGCGAAAGUUGAAUUUUAAGAAUUAAUGCUUCAAUUGGCUAAAACAUGUUUACCAGAUGCAGUCCGCUAAAGAAGAGUGCUUUUAAGGGCAUUUAAUAAACGUUUUAAUUCAAUGUGAUCAAUGAUUCAUUCAGAGAAGCUUAUCAAAAUUAAAUGAAUCUUACAAUAUUGAAAUGAAAUAAAGUCCAUAAAAUAGUCUCCACAACAGAAUGAUAAAGAAGUUGCAAACAGUUUGCGUUUUUUUCUCCAUCACGUUUAUUGACUUUCCAUCAUUCUUGUUUUCAUCUCCAUUUCAUAUAAAAAAAAAGUAUUUUAUUUGGUUUGUUAAAUAAGUAGCUGUUGCAACAUUGUGCAAUACAUUACGGAUAGUUAAUAUUUGGUACGGCACGAGUUUUUGCUCUAUUCGAAGGUGAUAUGGAUCUCGUAGCGAUCCAGAAUUCUGACAUCAGCAGGAGGCAAGAAAAUGUUUCGUGGGAUAGUAGCUGCGUUUUAGUGGGUGGGGCUAUUUGUGCGAAUUUCAAACAUUAAUUACAAAAUAACAGUAACUCCAUUGAACUGAAAUUGGUGUCCAUAGUCAUAAAAGAGUUCCGGUUCAAAAAUUUAAAAAAAAAACGUGCAGGUUCCUCAUUAUUUGAACUCCUUGUAGUCGAUUAUUUUUAUACCCAUACUCGUAAAAUUCUAAAACGUGAUAAAACGCCUUUGUUAUUAGGUUAUAUUUUAUUAUAUCCUUUAAUUUAUUAUUUAAAUUCAGAAAAUUUUGCAGCUAUCCUUUUGUUUUAUUGAAUGCGAUGAGAGCUUAAUAAUUGAAAGACAAAGAUUUAAGCUUUAAGUAGAUAUACUUACUUAAAAAAAAGAUUGAAGUUUACAACAUAAUAUACUUGAAAUAUUCUCCCACCCUUUUUCACAAGCAUUGAUGUUGAAUAGAAUGGGAGUUUAUUGCAUAGAAAAAAGAAGUAAUGGAAUAAAAGAAAUAAUGGAAAUAAAGAAUAAUAGAAAUAAAAAGAAAUUUGCUGCUAUAAAUAUAAACUUUAUUUAUCAACUAAUGUUUACUUUCAGGUAAACUACUGUAAAUGGAAAAAUUGUUUAAAUGAUAAAAGAGGCUAUUUUGUUUUAUCUGUUAUCCGAACUAUCAGGUUAGUAAAACAAUGGUUAAAAAAGGUUCAUUUGAAAUAUUGUGUUCAUUUAAAACUAUUUUUCAGCCAAAAAUUUAAAGAGCACGUGCACUUGUCAGUAUCUGAACAUAAAAAAAAUGUUUAAAAAAAACCUAAUAUUAGAGCUAAAUGGCUUAUUGCGGUAUUAAAUUACAAAAAAAGUUUGCGUAACAAAUAAAUCUUAAAUUCAAAAUUGUAAAUGUAAUUAUAAUUUAAUAAAUUUAAAAAAUCUCCCAGAUUUUGGAGGAAACGAGCUUUAAAAUUGAAAUUUUGGAAAAUAAUUUUUAUUUUUUUUUCCAAACAGAAAGUUACUUCGAAUUAAAUCAAGCUAUAAAGUAAUUGAGGGGACAUUCAUUUCUGAAAAUAUCGACUUCACCAGUUUUUAUUCGAUGUUUUACUUUUUGGAGAUGAUUUGAAUAUUGGAUUUUCUUCAAAAAUGAAUUAUUAUUACGUUUGUUUACUUUAAUAUUCUUAUCAAAAUCAUUGAAAAUAAUGUGCUAUGCCUGUAUUCCUUACUUAGAAUAUCCUUAUCAUUUCUAUAGAACAAAUUAUUGUGUAUAUAUCAUUCAUAACAACAUAAAAAUAUGCAUUCCAGA